AUGCUGACGGCCGGCACCCUCGCCGGCGCCCAGGAGCUCAUCGCCUCCUUCCUCGCCAAGGACCGCAACAAGCACGGCAACUACUUCACCUCGCGCGUCCCCAAGAUGGCCGCCUACGGCGCCCUCGUCAGCGCGCCCCUCGGCCACUUCCUCAUCUGGCUGCUGCAGAAGACCUUUGCCGGCCGCACCAGCCUGCGCGCCAAGAUUCUGCAGAUUAUCGUCAGCAACCUCAUUAUCGCGCCCAUCCAAAACUCCGUCUACCUCACGGCCAUGGCCCUCAUCGCCGGCGCCCGCACCUUCCACCAGGUGCGCGCCACCGUCAAGGUCGGCUUCUGGAAGGUCAUGAAGGUCAGCUGGGUCACCUCGCCCGUCUGCCUCGCCUUUGCCCAAAAGUUCCUCCCCGACCAGCUCUGGGUGCCCUUCUUCAACCUCGUCGCCUUUGUCAUCGGCACCUACAUCAACACGGUCACCAAGAAGAAGCGCCUCGCCGCCCUGCGCAAGAAGCACUUUGGCGACGGCCGCAACCAGGGCGGCCUCGGCGGCGGCAGGCCCGAGGACUACCCCCCGACCAUGGGCGGCCAGAACCCCCCCUACUAA